GCAGAGCAGCCCGCCCAGUAACUCUUCACUUAUUUCCACCAGCUCUACACAUCCCACACUGUUAUCUCAGGGAGGGAAGACACACUCAUAUCUCAGCGAGACAAACAGCAGCCUGGACUUGUCCUCUGCCCAGGAAGCCUGCAGAGCUGCUUGUCAGGUGCAGCCAGGAGAACAUGGCAUGUCACACAGGAGAGGUGGCCACCAGCAGAGUGGAACCCUGUGUUGUCAUGUAGCCCUGCGUCCCCUGUCACCAAUCUGGAGCUGAUAACAUGUCUUCUGUGAUGGGACCUGAGGAGAUGGAAUAGACAGCUGCAUCCUAUGCCCCUUCUAUGUAUCUCUGACCAUGGAGGUUCUUCUGUCACUGGUGACCCUCUUGGUGGCUUCUGCACUGGCUACAGGGAUUAACACCAUGGCUACAAUAGCAUCUCAGCGAGAAAAAGCUUGUAAUCCUAGGAUGGGCAAUUUAGCGAUUGGCCGGCGUUUAUGGACGGACACAGUCUGCGGCUCUAAUAGCACAGAACUAUAUUGCACAUAUACUGACUAUCCAGACCAAACUUGCAAGGAACCAAAGUGUGACAAAUGCAGUGCUGCAGUUCCCCGGCUAUCACAUCCAGCAUCUGCGAUGGCGGAUUCAACGUUCAAAAUUCCACGCACGUGGUGGCAGUCAGCCCGGGAUGUCCAGAGGGAAACUCUACAGUUAAAUCUAGAAACUACAUUUUACUUCACUCAUCUGAUUAUGGUAUUUAAAUCCCUCCGACCUGCAGCCAUGAUUCUAGAGGGUUCACAGGAUUUUGGCCUCAGUUGGCGUCCAUAUAAAUACUUCUCCACAAACUGCACCCAGAGUUUUCAGCUUGAGGAUGAUGUUAAUGUGAAAGGUGCCCUCUGCACAUCUCGCUACUCGCAAGCCGUUCCAUGUAGCGGAGGGGAGGUAAUUUACAGAACAAUGUCACCACCUUAUUCCGCUGUGGAUCCCUAUAGUGAAAAGGCUCAGGACCAGCUGAAGAUCACUAACCUACGUGUACAGCUGCUGAAGCAACAAAGAUGCCCAUGUGUAAAUAAGAGUUUGGAUGUCAAGCCGCAGUCCCUAGCACACUAUGCUGUAUACGACUUCAUUGUAAAAGGAAGCUGCUUUUGCAACGGACAUGCAGAUCACUGUGUUCCAACAGAUGGAUUCCGACAAGUCCGGACAACCAGCAAACUCCAGGUGGUCCAUGGUAAUUGUGUUUGUAAGCACAAUACAGCAGGACCUCAUUGUGAGCAGUGUGCACCCCUUUAUAAUGACCAGCCGUGGAAAGCAGCAAAUGGGAAAACUGGGGAACCGAACAUGUGUGAAAAGUGCAAAUGUAAUGGUCAUGCCGACAGCUGUCAUUUUAACAUGGAUGUGUGGCUGGCAUCAGGCAACCGAAGUGGAGGGGUAUGUGACAACUGCCAGCACAACACAGAAGGGAUACACUGCCAGAGAUGUAUGCCAGGGUUCUACAGAGAUUUAAAGAUCCCAUUCUCCGCACCAGAGGCCUGCAAAGCAUGUUCCUGUCACCCAGUUGGAUCAGCAAAACUAUUAUGCGAUCCCCAAAAUGGAAACUGUCCUUGCAAGCCUGGCUUAGCUGGCCCUACUUGUGACCAGUGUAUGGUUGGAUAUUGGGGAUUUGGUGAAUACGGUUGUAGACCAUGUGCUUGUGCUGGAAACUGUGAUUCCUUAACAGGAGACUGUAUCAACAACUUGGAAAUAGACUGGUAUCAUGGUCCUGAUUACCUUUCAAAUGAACAGGGAUUUUCGGCUCUUCGUCAUUCAGGAAAAUGUGAGUGCAAGGAUCAAGUUUUAGAAAAUCCAAAAGUAUUCUGUGUCAUGAGAUAUUCCUAUGUCCUUAAGGUAAAGAUACUGUCAGCACAUGAUAGGGGGUCCCAUGCUGAAGUGAAUGUGAAAAUUAAGAAGGUUUUGAAAAUGACGAAAUUGAAGAUUCGACGUGGAAAGAGAACAUUGUACCCGGAAUCCUGGACAAAUCGGGGCUGUACCUGCCCCAUCUUAAACCCUGGUCUAGAAUAUCUCGUGGCUGGAUAUGAAGAUGUGCGUACAGGUCGUCUCAUUGUAAACAUGAAAAGUUUUGUCCAGCCCUGGAAACCAUCUCUUGGCAAGAAAGUAAUGGAGAUACUAAGAACAGACUGCAUUUGAGACAAAACAAGGCAAAUAAAGACGUAAUAAAGUGUAUUUAUUGACCAGUUUAGUGAAAACCGCACAUAAAGAUACUGCACAGCAACACCAUGCUCCUGUCCUUUAGCUGUGUGUGAUACAGGAUGAUAUACAUAUGUUUUACAGCAAAAUGGUUCUCCACUUCUCUGGCAAAUUUGCAACCUAAUAGUGGCAAACUACACUUAAAAUGGAACUUUGCAGAUAGAUCCAGUUUGAGAGCAAGUGUGGAAACGUGUAAGCUUAAAGCUUCUACAAUCAGCAUACGUUUUAUUUAAUUAAAGGUACGAAAGGAAACUUGGACUUUGCGUUGAGGUAGUGUUCCGUGCAGCCUCCUGAAAUGUACAUAGCAUUUUUAAGAAGCACUUUACUAAUUGUUCUUGCAUUUUUUUUUUUAUAUUUGUUAAACAAGGCAAUGGUGUUUAGAGAGCUACAGAACUGAAAUGACACUAGUCACCUUAAAGCAAUUUUUGCCUUUUAUAUUUGUUUUCUUCAGAUGUAUUUAUGUUUUAUAGUCAUUUCAUGUUACCAGAGAUAAAAUAAGACAAUGAAUAUUAAAGCGUAUUUCCGGGAUUUACAUAUUGAUGGCCUAUCCUCAGGAUAGAUCAUCAAUAUCAGAUCAGCAGGGGUCCAACUUCCGGGACCCCCACUAAUCAGCUGUGCAAAGUGGACGUGGCACUCCACGAACAAUUAGGCCUCUUCCUAGGCCAUGUGACAUCACAUUCAUCGAUUGCAUUGCCUAGGCACAGCUAAGCCCCAUUUAAGUGAAUGGGACUGAGCUGCGAUAGCAAGCACAGCCGCUAUCAAAUGGAUGGCACUGCAGGGAGGCUGUGGCGCUCACCCAAGGCCCAGUGAGGGGUGCUAGGAGUCAGAACCCCGCUGUUCUUAUAUUGAUGACCUGUCCUAUGUAAAUACCAGAGAACCUCUUUAAUAUUGUGGAUUUUAUUCUUCAUUAAGCAGUGUUCAUUUCAAAGUUUGCUUGUAAAUCUGAAAGCUUAAUUUAAUUAGGCUUUUUUAAUGUAAAAGUAUAAGCAAAUCUCGCAAAGCUAGUUUAUUACAGUUAUUACACAGUGAAUAAAAAUCACCCAUUACUGUCAGCCAUACAUAGACUGAGCCCUUUGUAAACUUUAAAUUGUAACCUCUUCCAUGUGUUGGAUCAUCAAAUGCCAUCUUUACCUUUCUGGGGUCAAGAGUGCCCAGUGGAUGUUCUGCCAUUCUCUGUAAGAGAGGAGGUUGAUAGAAGCCUCCCCAGGUAGUGUCCUAUAGCACCUGCAUGAGCUGCCUCUGUGGCACGUACACUCUUCACUAUGAGACACCUAAAUCAUGAUUUAGCGGCCAGAGUUACACACAGGCAGUUUGUAGCAUAUCAGCUACAAUUUUAAUGGUCAGUGUAGUGAACAGGAAUAUAUUGGGGGAGAUUUAUCCAAACUCAUGUGAUAAGAGUAGUGUCCCCCAGCAGUCUCAUUCCACAUUUCAUUUUUAUGCUUUUUGUAAAAUAUGAUCAGUAACCUGAUUGGUGUCCAUAUACAACUACUACGCUUUUUAGUUGGACCGAUUUUGAUAAGUGUCAUACAACUUUCCAUGCAACUAUUGUCUGUAAAAUCUAUCAAUAAAAAGAGAAAAAGGCUAAAAUCGUACAGCUGGUAUAAAAACAGUUGAAACGAGCCGUCAUACUUUCACAAAAUCUGUGUUCCUUGAACAUACAGUUUGCCAUGGUAUAAUAAAAGUACCUAUGUCUCUGC